UUUUUUUUUUUGGGCGUGGGAUAUAUGGGUGGGGUGACCGGCGAAGAAGAUGAUGCUGGAAAAUUGAGGCUGAGGUGAAUAUUGGAGUGAGUAAAACCCAUUAUGGCACUGAGAAUCACUUCCUUUUCGUCACCGUUUGUUCAGUUAGGUUCUAAUGCUUCUGGAUUCUCACUCUCUCAAUCAUGCUCUAUUUCCAAACAUCCUCUGCCCUUCAAACUCAAUACCAGAAGAAAAUACUCACACCCCACAAGCUUCGUCGUUAGAGCUGCCAGGACUGAGUCUAAAGGUGUCACCUUGGGUUUCAGAGCCCCUCAAUUUCAGCUUCCAGAGCCUCUUACUGGGAAGGUUUGGACAUUGGAAGAUUUUGAGGCUCAUCCAGCUCUAUUGGUUAUGUUUAUUUGCAACCACUGUCCAUUUGUUAAGUACCUGAAAAAAGAUAUUGUAAAGCUUACUAAAUUCUAUAUGAAGAAAGGACUCGCUGUCGUUGCUAUAUCUUCAAAUUCUGUAGCUACACACCCCCAGGAUGGACCAGAAUUUAUGGCAGAAGAUGCUAAAUUGUUUGGUUAUCCUUUCCCAUACCUAUACGAUGAGUCACAGGAAGUUGCACGAGAUUUCGGAGCAGUUUGCACACCAGAAUUUUACGUUUUCAAAAAGGAUGGUCGAAGGCCGUUUGAGCUGGUUUAUCAUGGUCAGUUUGAUGAUUCAAGACCAAGUAAUAAUAACAUACCAGUAACUGGAAGAGACUUGAGCUUGGCGAUAGAUCGUGUUCUGAGUGGCCAGCCAGUACCAUCAGCGCAAAAACCUAGUGUUGGAUGCAGCAUAAAGUGGCACCCAUGAAAGAAGUUUUGAUCUGUACAUUGUAGCUACCUUGUUCGAGAUAUCAAUCAGUGAGUUCAAGUUUUCCUUUUGGUUCUAUAUUUAUGUAAUACAUACACCUGUUUAUUCUUUUCUUUCGGUUCAGUGAUCUCGGUUACGUUGAAUUCCGAAAGUGUCAUUUGAAAGGAAAUGGUGUAAUAUGUAAUUCUUAUAUUUACUGAAUAUGUCAUGUCAUUUAAGUUGUAUAGGUUGAUGAUUUAGGAAUAUAUGUAAUGUGAAAGCAUUUAGUCCGAAGAGGUUCUGGUUUUCCUGUUCUCUGUUUCUUGUAUGUUGUAAGUCGUUAUAUUAAGAAAUUAUUCUAAAAUUCUUUUGAAAA